AUGGCCGGAGAAGGAAGCAACCAGGACGCUAACCCCCUCGAGGCACGCGUCGUCGGGUUAGAAACAAACGUUAACGAGAUCCUAGAACUACUUCGCAACGCAGCAAGUAAUCCUCCCCCCCCUCCUCCCCCUGUUCCUCCUGUUGCACCAGCUAUCCCAGCCGCGCAGGCUGCCCCGGCCGCGCCACUCGUUCAAGGGGUCCCCCCCUUUGUCCCCUACAUUCCCCCUCCAACAGCUAACUCGUCUAUCGGUACGUUGUCCAUUCCUGACUUCUUUCCCGACGUCGAGGCCGCAAUCGUGGUCUCGAUUGGCAAGCAUGAGUUCAAGCCGCAGCAGCUUGGCAAGCUCAUCCCCAGCGUCAACUCGAAGGCCACCACAACGACCUACGCUCUUGAGGACGGCGCAUUACGCGCCACAGAGACGGCUCCCAUCAAAGACCUUCCGGACUUCUCAUCCUUCAUGCGCGCCCUGGGAGUCUACUUCCAAAUCCUUUACAGAUACGUAGGGACCACAGGGAGCAUACAGGCCGUCACGGACGUCGCCGUCUUCACCCAGAGCUACUCCAACCUCCUGCACGAGUACUCGCGCUACUUCGCCUAUCCCGCCAUCCUCACCUAUCACAUUGCGCACCACUCCCGCCGCAUUAGGGAAAUGCUCAGGGGCGACUACUCCUUAUGGGGUGACAAAGAUCGCGCUCUUGUCGGCCCGCUUCACCGAUCAAACAUGUUCCAAGAAGUAAAGCCCACCUCCGCAUCUAGAUCCAAAGCCUCAUCACCUGCAACACCUCCCCGCGACGUCUCCACCCAAACCUGCAAUCGAUUCAACGAUGGCAAGUGUCCCACCACACCAUGCAAAUCAGGACGUAUCCACAAAUGCUCAACCUGCGGCUCCACGGCGCACGGCAAGGUCACUUGCACUCAGGCCCCUCCCGUCGCUUGA